UAUUACAGUUUUCCCUCUAGUGUUCCUGUGUGUAGGUCAGAGUACUGUACGUCAGUAGCAGCCGCCGACUCUGUAUGUGAGCCAUGUGCCAUAGUGUGCAGCAUGGCUGAGCCGGACACCCCAGCUGACCCCGCAGCCACAGAGGCCGGACAGAAGCCCGGGGCUCUGCCCUGUUUGGAGCGGCCGUCCUUCUUGGACGCCUGUGGUCUAGUGAGCAGCCGCUAUUCCUGCCUGAAGGUCCGUACACACAGCCGGCACCUGGCGCUGUCUCCCCGGUUUCUGCAAAGGAAGCGGAGCGGGAUCAAGGAGCAGCUGGAUGCCGAGCUCCAGCGCUACAGCCAGGGGUUGGAAGGAGUUCCAGUUGCUUAUGAUAACAUAAAACUGAUUGGUGAAUUGGGUGAUAUUUAUGAUGAUCUUGGAUACAUACAUAUAAAUAUUCAAGCGGACUUUGUUGUAUUCCAGCCUAAGUGCGGACAGAAACUUGUGGGAGUAGUCAACAAAGUUGCCCCCAGUCAUAUCGGAUGUUUGGUUCAUGGCUGUUUCAAUGCUUCCGUACCGAAGCCCAUGAGGAUGGAAGUUGAGGCGUGGCAGCAUAUAGGAGUGAAGAUCGGUGACCAAAUAGAGUUUGAAGUUUUGCGAUUAGAUACAGACGCUGUGGGUGUAUUUUGCAUACGUGGCAGAUUGGAUAAGAAAAUGGAAGCUGAAGCACUUGAAAGACUAAAUGAAAUGACUGAGGAGCAAAAUGCUAAUAGACCAGAGACUCCCCAAGAAAACACUGAGGAAGAGCCAGCUUUUGAGACAGCCGAGAUUUCCAAGGAUGGCAAGAGAAAAAGCAAAAAACGUAAAUAUAAGGAUCUCUCCCCCGAAAAUGUAUCGGAAGUAGUGGAGAGCCAAGGAAAGGCUAGCGUAAGUUUGGAGGAAAUCCCCAAGAAAAAGCGAAAGAAACAAAAACACAACGAAGUGGCUGCUGAAAAUGUUUAUGCCGAGGUCGAUGGAGGUCAUUCUGCCAUGGAGGACACAAUUCUGGAGAGCUCAUGCCAGUCAGUGGAUGAAUCUUUUAAAAAGGCAGGAAAAAAGAAGAAAUAUCAGGAUUCACUGCAAAAUACUGACCAUACUUCUGAAAGAUCAGACCGUAGCAUGCUUGGACUUGAUGGGGAAUCAUUGGUCCCUUUAAAUCAAUAUAAUAAAACAAAAGAAUCCAAGAAAAAGAAGCGUAGCCACCUCUCUGACCCUGACAUUAACUUUCAGAAUGGAAUAACAGAUUCAAGUGUUGCAGAUAAUAGUACGUUAGAGGAAAUAGGAGUAGAAUCCGAAACUUUUCUUGAAACCACCCAGAAGAAACACAAGAAAAAACAGAGGCGCUCUUCUACAGUUCCAGAUCCUGAUUUAGAACCUGCCAAUGAUGAUGAUGCUGUGAAUGAACAAUCUCUGUCUGAGAGCUUUGUAGUACAACAGGAGACUCCAAAGUUAAAGAAGCACAAAAAGAAGCGAAUUGAUAGCACAUUACUAGAAAGUGACAACAGCGGUUACCAGGUUGAAGACUGCAGCAAGGACAAUAAUAUGUUGGCUGGAGAUGGCCAAGAGUUUUUAGAGCCAAAAGUAAAAAAGAAACGAAAACAGUGAACGUCCAAAUCUUUAUUCAGAGUUUUGUACAUUUCUUAUUUUUCUAUUGUAACUUUUUUUUUUCUUUUUUUAGCUUUUCAGACUUAUGCUUUCUAUCAGAAAGUUUUAAAAGUAAUCUAUUAUAUUGAUGGCAUAUUUCAAAAUCUAUUUUAUCAAGUAAAUGUUAAACAUCAAACAUAACCACAGCUUACUUUUUAUAAAAGGGGAAAAAAAGUCUUCUCUACAGAUCAGUUGGCCUUGUCUGCUCUGCCUUUGAUACACCUGUUGGAUGUGUUAAUUGUACAGUGGGCAGGGGACAGGCAGUGUUUGAACCUUGUGUUUAUUAAUGCUUGUGUUGGAUAGAUGGUAACUGCAUACAGGCAUUUGAGAAGAUAAAUUAUGGCUUUGUGAUGUAAUGUUCACAAUGCGUUUUCUUGGUGUCUGAGGUAUGUGGACUGACUGUUCAUUUUAGAGAAACUAUGAAUUUAUGACUGCAUUAUCGAAGUCUAACCCAGAGGUUCCCAAAUGCUGUCCUCUAGGAACCCUGAUGCUCAGCACAGAUGGUUAAUCAAAUUGACUGAGCUACUUAUUAGGUCACUUGUGGCCAAGCAUGGAUAUAUUUAACACCUGGAGCGUUAGUGCUGUUUCACACGCGCCGGCUUCCGCCGCCUGUCAAAAUCCCGCUCGGCUUUUUAAUGCUGCCGUGCUGUAGAGACACAUUCAGAGCAAUGUGUCCUUUCACACGGCCCCGGCACGGCUGCCGGGUUGCAGCCGGAACUAUCCACUGGAAGGUCCGGCUGCCGGGCCGACAGUCUUUGGAGGCAGUGAACUUUUGUGUGUGAAGGGGAGCUUUAACACAACGUUUUUUUAGCCGCUGCGCAUGCGCACAGCAUUACACACGGCUCAAAGCCGUUGUGUGUGAAAGACCCUCCCAGAUGGCAAAAAGCAGGACAAAGUUUGUCCGGCUUUUUGCCAUCCGGGGAAAACCGGGUAGUGUGUUACAGCCCUAAGGGUGCCUUAAGGACCGUGUUUGGGAAUCUCUGGUCUAACCAGUCUAUGAAACAUCCUCUCAUAAUGGCUGCAAAUCAGGGAAAAUAUAUUCUUGUUUCUUAAUACUAGCCAUGAUUGUUAACUCUUGUAUGAUCUAGCUAUCAGUUCUAAAGCUGAAUACACACUAUAAGAUUAUGGGGUAUACUUAAUUGAAGUCGGAUCCAUUCCGACAUUCAUUUGUCGGAGUGGAUCUGACUUGGGCUUUUCAAGUUCAUCUCAAUUCAACUUUUAAAAACGUCGAAUGAAUUGAAAUGCGGGAGUUAGAUGGGGGAGAGCCGCGGGCAGACGGGGGGAGAGCAGUACUACUGCAGCGGCUAGCUAUACUAUACCGCCGAUUCACGUACUAUUCGACAAGUCGAAUUCCCCGACUUGUUGAAUAAAAACAGCUGGGAUUGAAUAGGUCGAAUCACGGUUCGACCUUAAAAAGUCAAACUGCCGUCUUUUCGACAGACGGCAGCUUUCGACACAAAUUGAAUAUACCCCUAUAUGUCCAGUCUUUCUGGUUGGAGCUAAAAUCUGAUUAUGGGGUAUAUUCAAUUAAAGUAGGAUCCAUUCCGACAUGUAUUUGUCGGAAUGGAUCCGACAACCCCUAUUCAAUCUCAUCUCAUAAUGUCAAGUCGAAUUGAGAUGAGGAACGCAGAGGAGGAGGGGGUCGAGCCGUGGGGAGACCAGCGGGGGACAGCCGGCGCGCAUACAGGGGAGAUCAGCGCUACAGUAGCACUGCAGCAGGAUGUCACUCAGCCGCCCGGCUCCAGCAAGCGUGCUGGAGCCGGGUAGAAGCUGCCGUGAGGUCGGGGUGCUAAGUGACAUUUAGCUGUAGCGCUGAUCUCCCCUGUAUGCCCGCUGCCUGUCUCCCUGCGUCUCCGCCCCCCCUCCCUCUCCUCCUCUGGGUCCGCAUCUCAGUGCAACAUCUUUUGAUGUCAGACUGAGAUGGUCAAAAAGGGGGCCAAACCUGUCGGUUUUGGCCCCGUUUUCGACACAAGCACGUGGAUCGGCAGCUAUUCCGCUGAUCCACGUGCUUUUCGACAAGUCAAAUAGCAUUGAAUAGGUCGAAUCACGUUUCGACCUUAAAGUGGAAAACUGCCGUCUUUUCGACAGACGGCAGUUUUUGACACCAAUUGAAUAUACCCCUAUAUGUGGGAGCAAAUGACAAUUGACCAUUUGCUCCCAAACACUGAAAAAUAGACACAAAUGGAAGUUCAGACAAAUUGGUUAAAUCCAUUUGAUUUAUUUAUCAGAACAACCAUUUUUGCCCAUUUUCUGGCUUUUGGGAGCAAAUGGUUGAUGGUCACUGUGCUCCCAUACAUUACCAGAUUUUAAUUCCAAUCAAAAGAUUGUGCAGAUAAUUUUAAAGUGUGUAUCCACCUUAACACUUUAAAAAUUGUUUUAUUACAUUUUGGUUGACUUCUCUAUUUUAAGCAAUUUAUUUUAUUUUAUAUGAAAUAAGUAGACCUAUUGGCAAGAGCUUAUGAGAGAAGUAUUGAGUUAUCAAGCCAAAUAAAUAUAAUUUUUUUUGCCCAAGAAGAAAAUACGUCUUUUUUUAAAUGGAGAUGAUGGAGAGCUGAAAAUAUUUUAUGCAAAAUUGGGAACAUCCAUGUAUGUAUGUCUGUAUGUUCCAACUGCAGUUGUAAAGACCCUUGAAAGCACAGGUUUUAAUAGUAUGCAUUAGCUUGGAAUACAAGUGAAUUAAUUAGGGCCUCUGUCACAGCCAUCUGAAUGUGAAUAUAUUUAAAACUUGCUCCGUUAGGGGGUCUCAUGGAUAGGGGCUUGGAACCCCUGGUAUAAAAAGCCAUUUAUUUUUUCUUUUCUUUUUUUUGUGUCUAUUUGGAGUUUUAAUACUAUUAAUUUCCCCGAUGGUUUGCCAGUCAUUGAUGUGCGCUGAUCUGCACAACGUGGAUGGCCCAACUAUUGCAUUAUUGUUAAAUGAAUUGUGCUAUUACAAUUGGUAAAAUACCUGUAUGGUUUUGUUUUUUAAUUUCAGCAAUUUAACUGUUAAUGCCAUAUAAACUUUAUUUAUCUGGAAAUACCUGUGCAAUGUUAGCAGAACGAAUGGUGUAAUAAUGAUGUUUGGUACGUAACACAACAUUGCUAUGCUUUAUUACUCAUUAUAGCCAUUCAUGUCUCUUAAGGUGCAUACACCCAGUGCGAUUUUCCGUGUGAUAUGGACUAUAAAGUCCAUAUCGCACGGAAACAUAGUGCAUAUCGCGCUGUGUGUAUAAGCCUGCGAUGCCGAUGUGCAGUCCCGUGGGAUCGGCACCACAAGAAAAUAUAGUGGGUGCAGGCAGGGCCGAUACUGACUACAUGCCUCCGGGCACAAUAUAGUCCAUGUCGCCCGGGACACCCCGUGGCACUGUGUGUGUGCACCUUUACUGUGGGACUGUAAUACAUGUGAACAAAUGAAUUUUACUUUGUGGGAAUUAAAAAUGUGACCCUAACAUAAGGGUUUAUAAAAUGUUUCAAAUGAA